AUGGAUGACUUUGAAGAAUUUAGAAAUCAAAAGUUCAAUCAAGACCCUAAUUCAGUUCCAAGUGAAAAUGAUGUUGAUUAUCUCAACAUCAUUUUGAUGUUUGAUUCACUCCAUGGAAGAACCUAUUUGCAUUAUGCUGCUUUCUAUAGCCAUCUAGAUUGUCUACAAGCUAUUCUUUCUACUGCCCUUUCCACCUUUGUUGCACAUUCCUGGGGAUUUGCAAGGUUUGUGAAUAUAAGAGAUAAAAAUGGAGCAACCCCAUUGCACUUGGCAGCCCGACAAGGAUGGCCGGAGUGUGUUCAUAUGUUGUUAGACAGCGGCGCUCUUGUUUGUGAAUCUACUAGGGGAUAUGAUUACCCUGGGAUUACACCACUUCAUUUUGCAGUUCGUGGGGGUUCAUUAGAUUGUGUUCGGGAAUUACUUGCUUGGGGGGCUGAUAGACUUCAUAGAGAUUCAUCUGGGUAAACUUUUAUUUUUAAUUUUUUUUUUUAGAAAAUUAGAAGGAAAAUUGUAAAACACAAGACUUAAAAGGCCCGU